AUGGACAUCGACGUGCUGGAGGCGCCGCUGCACGCGGUCCCUCUGUGGACGGAGGACGAGGUGGCCUUCGUGUCCGCGCUGCUGUCGGACGCGCCCGACGUGCUGAGCGACGAGCAGAGCUCCCCGAGUCCGCCCGCGUCCACCAAGCUGUCGCGCGAGGAGCGCGCGGCCGCGAGACGCGCCAGCCACCGCGAGACCAUGCGCAGGUCCAGGCAGAGGUUCCGCGACCAAAUCGCCGCCAUGAUGCGCACGGUGCAGGAGCUCGAGAGCGUCAAGGCGCAGGCGCUCGAGCAGCAGCGGCAGCGCCCGGACGGCGGACUGCAGGGCCAAGUGGCCCAUUUGGAGCGGCAGAGGCAGCAGCUGCUGGACGAGAACGACGCGCUGCACGCGCAGUUGGUGGACUCGCUGCUGGCCAUCACGCGCGCGCAUCCGGACAACUUUGAGCAUGACCAGGUGCAGCGUCGAGUGGUGGGUCAGGCUGGCGAGAAGCAGGCAGACAAUGGGGCGGACUUCUACGUCAUGAACACUGGCCAUGGGUCACUGGUGAAGAGGGACCCCGUGACGCUCUGCGACUUUGUCACUUGGGACGUCGGCACCAUUGGCCACUGCUUGCAACUCGUGCGAGACGCGACGACCGAGAUCGCCAGGUUUUACACGGCCGUGACCAGGGAGAAGCCUGAGAGGAAAAUUGCGGCAGAUAUGAUGGGAUGGAGGCAACUGCGACGCGCGCUGGUGAAGCAGGACACGUGCGUCGAGUUUGCGUUCGACAAGACUUUUACCGGGUACUCGCCUGGCCAAUUGUUCCGCAAGACGUGGGCGUUCUGCAGGAACCAACGGCAGUUUGCAACCAUGUUGGAGCCGGUGCUGCAUGCGCUGCAGCUUGAAGUGCUGCACCAGAUCAACGACGACAUUGUCGUGGUGCGCCGGAUGCAGCAAGAGUUGAGCCCCGAGGGCGAAAAGCAGACGCCGACCAAGUACCGCAGCAUUUACCUGCUGUAUCGCAUGACAUCUCCUGCUGGGCUCUUCGUGGUGCUUCAGUCGGUGAACCCAUCGUUCACUCGGCGCUGUGGCUGUGCCAAUAAUCUCUGGUUCGAAUCGUUCCUGUGGUUUGGAUUCUCAGCAAGUGAUACUGGGAGCGCGGGCUGCCUCGUCCGAUUUGGAGGCUCUUUGGAUGGACAUUCGGAGGAGUUCGCGAGUCGCUGGCAGCGAGAGAUUUUCUUCAUGCUACUGCGCUGGGAAACGCACAACGUCGCUCCGGUUGUGUUGCUGCCUCAAUCCGACUCAGCAUGA